AUGACUGCUACUGUAAUGGACCCCAUCAAGAUUACCAACGAGGAACUUUCGGAAGAGUUCUUGAACAAAUACGAUACCUUUUUGUUCGACUGUGAUGGUGUCUUAUGGCUAGGUACUCACCUUUUACCACAUACAAAGGAAAUUUUAAGCCAAUUGACAGAAAUGGGGAAGCAAUGUGUUUUUGUAACUAAUAAUUCGACCAAAUCUCGUGCUGCAUACACCAAGAAAUUUGCCGGAUUUGGUAUCACAGUCACUGAAGAUCAAAUCUUUACCUCUGGUUAUGCAUCUGCUGUCUAUGUUCGCGAUUUCUUGAAAUUGCAACCUGGAAAGGAUAAAAUUUGGAUCUUUGGUGAAAGUGGUAUUAGUGAAGAAUUAAGUUUAAUGGGGUUCGAAUCCCUCGGUGGUACUGAUCCAAGAUUAGAUACACCAUUUAACGCUUCCACCUCUCCCUUCCUGGCUAAUGGUCUUGAUGAAAACGUGAAAUGUGUCAUUGCUGGGUUGGAUAAUAAAAUUAACUAUCAUAGAUUGGCUAUUACAUUGCAAUACCUUCAAAAGAAAGAUACUGUUCAUUUUGUAGGGACAAACGUGGAUUCUACUUUCCCUCAAAAGGGUUUUACUUUUCCUGGGGCUGGAUCUAUGGUGGAGUCGAUUGCGUUCUCCUCUGGUAGAAGACCAUCUUAUUGUGGUAAGCCAAAUAUGAAUAUGUUGAAUACUAUUAUUUCUGCUAAGAAAUUGGACAGAUCUAAAUGUUGUAUGGUUGGUGAUAGAUUAAAUACUGAUAUGAGAUUUGGUGUGGAAGGUAAGCUGGGUGGUACACUCUUGGUCUUAAGUGGUAUUGAAACAGAGGAAAGAGCUUUAGAAGCUUCUGAUGAACAUCCAAAUCCAAAGUAUUAUAUUGAAAAACUUGGUGACAUUUACGAAUAUACUCAUUAA